AAGCUGUACACAGCAGAGUGCUUUCUUUACAAAUUACUCAAUAAAACAUUAAGAGAAAACGAUAAGACCAAAGUAAAUACACUCGGCCCAUUUUCCUGCUUUUUAUACUAUUCCUGGUAUCAUGGUGACAGAGAAUACGAACAAUGCAUUUAUCGAGGCACUAACCUUGAUCCACAAGACAUCGAAGCUUAUAAAACAGCAAUUGGUGAGGAGAAGUACUGGUUUGGGUUUUCUUCAACAAGCAAAAAUAGAACAUUAGCUGAAUACUUCGGAAAUACAUUAUUUAUUAUUCAACUGUCAAGCUACGGAGGCCUGGAUGUAUCAACAAACUCUGAUUUUCCACAGGAGGAAGAAGUCUUACUUAGACCCGGAACAAAGUUUACAGUUGAUAGCGAUUUUCGAAAAACACCCCCAUGAAGCUAUCUUCACAAGGCUGAUCGUCUCACCAGUUUUUCAUCAUUCCAAUUGAAAAAAGCCUGAAAGUUUCGUGGGUAAUUAUUUAUUCCUAACCGAGCUAUUGAUAAAACAAUUUUGAGCAUUUCGUGGUACAAAAAAAUAAAAAUUGGGUGUAAAGCUAGUAAUAAAGGAUAAAAUAAGGAUAAUAUCUAAUUGAAUGAUUAGUCGAUGCAACAAAAUAUAUUGUUAAAGAUACGCUAAGUUGAUGUAGACACACACUUGCCACUCUUAAUCUUUACGAUAACGAGAUAGGUGACGAAGGAGCUGAAGCAAUUGCGGAUGUACUAAAACACAAUCAGACUUUAACCCAUCUUUUUCUUCGAUUUAACCAAAUAACUGAUGAAGGAGCUCAAGCAAUUGCUGAUGCACUAAAGCACAAUCAAACUCUCACCACCCUUGAUGUUGCAUAUAACGCAAUAUUUGAUCAAGGAGCUCAAGCAAUCGCAGAUGCAUUUAAACACAAUCAGACGCUAACCACUCUUCGUUUUGACUCACACUUGGCCCAAUUUAAAGCAGCUCAAGCAAUCGCUGAUGCACUGAAAUACAAUCGGACUCUCACCACCCUUGAUCUUACACAUAACAACACAGCUGAUGAAGAGGCACUGAAACACACCACUCUUAAUCUUCGAUAUAAUCACACAGCUGAUCCAGGAGAUCAAGCAAUCGCUGAAACCCCUGCCAGUCUUCCAGUAUCAAGUAAUAGAGCAUCACAUAAAGCAGUCCAAGUAAUCGACAGUGCACCGGAACAUGAUCAGACCACCAACACUCUUAAUCCUGGAUACAACAACAUAGCUGAUCAAAGAGUUAAUGCAAUCGCUGAUGCACUAUUUACUCAAUUUGUGUAG